AUGGGACAGCGAUUGUUUCUCGCGCGAUGUAAACGGCGUUGCGCGUGUCAUGCUACACGGCUCUUGUUUCACGUGACAGAGUCAUUUCUGCAUGCGUUGUUGUACUUGCAUCUUGUUUUGAAGAAAAAAUACCAACAGUUGAAGGAUGAAAAUGUUGGUCCAUUUUUCUGCAGUCUCAGUGUUUGGGUGAUCAAAAACAUAAUCCUUCACAGCAUAUCCAGCGGAGGAUGUGAAAAAUUCUAUCUAACUAUUAAUGAAGCUCAAAUUGCUUGCGUGACAAUAUUAAACAAAGAAAGAUGUUCAGUAUACCUAAUUAAAACUGAUAAUUUUUACCUUUCAGGUGACAAAAAGGUCAUGUGUAAGAAUGUGAUGCGUCUGAACACAGUCCUGAGUUAUAAAUUUGACGUUCUAGGGUUCUUUAAGGUCGACGCUAAAUUCCCCUUGGAUUAUAUCGGACUUGUCACUACGUAUGCUGUUUUGCUACUUCAGUUUUCUUUUAAUAAAUAGAUAUAAAUAUUAAAUAAAUUUCUUCUUUCCCUUGGCGUAAAUCCCUCACCUCUAUGGAA